AUGACAGCCGAUGCCGCCAUCAUAGGGCCUUCCGGGGGCCGUGACGCCUUCCUGGCUCGCAAGUUGUACCCCAACUUUUACAAAACCCGUGCCGGUGACCCGCCCGAGAGGGGAGCGACGCGCAAAGACUUCAGACCACACAUGGUAGAUCGGAAAUCGAUUCUCUAUCCGGUACCGUAUUUGGCGAGCGAAGCGUCGCGAGCAACGUGGAUGCAAAGAGCAACCCGCGGAGUGCCGAAUAUUUCGACGCUUUCUCUAGCUCAGUCGAGCUCUGGGACUGACAUCCAGGCCGAGGAAACCCGGGAAAGCCUGGCGUCUCUCUUUGAAGACGCCUCCGCGGGUGCACAGCCGCUCAGCGUCGUGUACAAAAGGCACGAGCAGGAGCGGCUUCCGCCUUCCAUCUCUUUCCGACCUCAUCGCAAUCUCGGCGAUCCGAUGUAUUACGACAUGCCUCCACCACCUCCCUACCCCGCUCCCCCCUUGCUGCUGAAGGAACAGCGCCGCCAGAGACCGCUGUGGUCUGCCUUGUGUAAUUCAGCCGCUCCGAGUGGGCGACCUCAAUCUAUCGUUUUCAACCCUGGAAGUUCUUCUCUCUCCAUAUCACGUGGCCGUGGAAGGUCACGGGACGAACCAGAAAGUCUGGAAGAUUCAGAGGGAUCAUUCCUCGAAGUCUCAAGCGAACCCGACAUGUUCCGUGACUGUCCUUCAGUGCGUCCUUAUCCCGACCAGAAGUGGCGGCCGGGCGCCAGUCUGGACGAUGGAUAUAGCUUUCCUCGAUUUCACGAGAGCGCGGGAAGUCUCCGGUUCGGGCGGUUCAGGCAGCGUGAACGGGGCGCGGCGCGGCCCACGUCUGGGCGUGACACGCGUAGUGAACUGCAGAUGCAUCGGCGUUCUUCCAGCUCGGCCGGAAGAAUGAGGCGGGCAAGCGAGAGGCUAGGCACAUUUCCAUCCCGCAGUGUAUCGGUGCAUGGUAGCAGCCGUGCGUAUAGGUCGUCUUACUCAGAAGAAAGCGUACCGAUUCCAAUGCCAUUUUGGGGCCGGUAUGAUUGGUAUCCUCCCAUGAAAGCCCCAAGGCAGCGGAUUCAGGCAUUCGGGAAGCCUGCGGCCAGAGAAUGUGUUCCCUUGUACGAGAGCGGGCUCGACGACUGGACCACUUUCCCGUGGAAUGAAGCGCUGAGCCCCAGCGGCGAUGCGAGUCCCGGUGGUAGCCAAGCGCGGACGACGCUUCAUUCUGACAGGCUCCGUUCUGCCUGGUCGCCUUCAUAUCGGAAGGCGCUACGCGCGACCGUGGAGGAGACACCGGUUACAGCCUCGGCCGGAGCUAACGGGGGUUCACGGUGGCCGGUUGAUAGCUUUACUCGUCUCCGUGGUAAGUCAGGGAUUGACGAUACUUUUAGCAACCAACUGGAGUUCCGUAAGAGGAGUUCUCUAACGGAAGCCUCGCGUUCGUCCACUCGGCGACGCCGUGGGCAGAGUCUUCCUCGGACAGAGUGCUCUUUUCUGUGCAAGGAGCAUCGAGGUCGCCACGUGCACCUGAUGGACGUCUUUGGGCCAGUGGAGAGGAGUCAGCUGUCCGACUACUUUGACCAGGACGUGGCAGACGCAACACAUCGAGCGGCAAGAGGGUGUCUCGGUGUUCACUCAGCAAGAUGCCCCGAAUCCCACAACAUUCUGAGGCGGGUUCUGUCGAACUGCGCAGAGCGGGGCAAGCAUAUCGACUUGGAUGCUUUCCCUCAACAGACCCGAGAGCCGACAGGGCACUGGUGGUGUCGCCCCUCCGGGCGAUCCUCAAGAGCGCCGUUCGUAUUUCCCGAUUACCGCCUGGUUACUGCAAGUACGCUGGUGCGAGUUGCAGGAUAUAACCAGCGCCAAGGCGCUAUGAACUUGAAGUACAUCUUCAACUUUGCGCCUCUGAGUCCCAUUCAGCAGGAACACAUCGCCCGGGUUUAUGGCGCUCUGAUGACAAACAUCAUCCUCACGGCAGUUGGCGUCUACGCGCAACAGCGAAUUUUUGCCCUGCCAGUGUUCCUUCUUCUCGGUCUCCAGGUCCUCUGUGUUUGGGGGUUGAGCGCAACGAGCACGGAAGCCGUCUAUUCAGGCAAGGUUACUACGCCGAUGAGAGCCGCGUACUUCGGAGGCUUCGGCUUCACGAGCGGCAUGAUGCUUGGCGACUACCUGUACUUUGUGAAUAUUUUGAAUCCGCGCAUCAUCCCCACGGCGUUCCUUGUCUCCAUGGGGAUAUUCGCCUCUCUCUCUGCCGCAGCGAUCGUCGCGAAAGACAGAAAGUUCAUUUACUUGGGGGGCAUCCUCGGCACAGGCCUGACCCUCUUCACGUACAUUUCCCUCUUCUCCGUUGUGUGGCGCACAAAGCUGGCCGACGAUGUGCUGCUAUGGGGCGGUCUUCUCCUCUACAUCGGAUUCGUUCUCUUCGACACGCAAGUGACCCUCGAGAUGGCCCGUCGCGGAUCCUCGGACUACCUUGUCCAGGCCAUUCAGUUCUACGUCGACCUUCUUGGUAUUUUUAUCCGCGUUGUCCAGAUUCUCGCCGACAAGGAGCGCCGCAAGCGUCAGCGCGACGAGGAGUAA